CCAAUAUUCAAAGCGCCUAUGUGCAUAAUAAGUACGGCAAAAGAUGGUACAUUACAACUUGAAGACGAACCUAUGAAGCAAAUAGAACAAAUAGAUCAACCGCUUGUGGUAGUUGCAAUCGCUGGUCUGUAUCGAACUGGAAAAUCUUACUUAAUGAACUGUUUGGCUGGAGAAACAAAGGGAUUUCCACUUGGAAACACGACAGAAUCAGAAACAAAGGGCAUUUGGGCUUGGUGCAGAAUUCAUCCAAUCAUAAAUAAUCAAGUCCUUCUGCUGCUGGAUACGGAAGGCCUUGGUGAUAUUGCAAAGGGAAACAACGACCAUGACAAUAAGAUAUUCGUGACUGCAGCUUUACUGUGCAACGUGCUGGUAUACAACAUGAUGUCAACUUUCAAUCAAGAUGCUAUCGAAAAGCUUACAUUUAUAUCCGAAAUGUCAAAACAUAUAAUAUUUGCAAAUGGCGGAAACAACACCGAUGAAAAGUUUGACUUAAUUUUACCCACAUUUGUUCUGUGUUUGCGAGAUUUUUCUUUGGAUAUGAAAAAAGAUGGCCGAAAUCUGACCCAGGAUGAAUACCUUGAAGACUGUCUUGAGCUGAAACCAGGGAGGGGGAAAGAAAUUGAAAAGUUCAACAGACCAAGAGACUGUAUCAGAAGGUAUUUUCCAAAGCGAAAGUGCUUCACUUUUGACAGACCAGGGAGUAGAGCAGUAAUGAAGAGAUUGGAAACAGCACGAAAAGAAGAACUGUCAGAAGAUUUUCUUGAAGAAACUGAAAUUUUUCUACAAUAUAUGUAUAACUGCAAACCUAAAGUUAUAUUAGGCAGCAAGCCUUUUCAAGGGAAAAUGUUUAAAAAGCUGGCAGAAACGUACAUAAGUGACAUAAGAAGUGGUGUCAUACCAGAUGUAGAUGACGCUAUUCAGAUGGUGGCGAAUAUGGAAAAUGAACGGAUGGCGAAUAUAGCAGUUGAAGAGUUCAAGGCUAAAUUACAGGCGAUACAGCUGCCUAUUCUUCAGGUCCAAAAAUUCAGUAACUUGUAUACAGAUAUCCAGAAUGCAAUAUUGGCCAAUUUUAGAUCCGAAGCAAUGUUCGAGUCGGAGAAAUUUGAAAAACGAGCAUUA